UGUGACCAUGGCGACAACCUUCUUCAUCUCUCCAAACUGAACAUAUGUGAGAUUCGCACAUAUCGCUGGUAAACGCGACCGGCACUUUAUCUUUGCACAAGCCGUAACAAUGACAAAUAUAGUGAUUGUGAGUAUUGCGCGUACGCCGAUUGCCAAAUUUUGCGGCUCCUUCCGAAGUAUGAAAGGUUCCGAGUUAGGAUCGAUCGCCAUCCAAGGCGCCCUCGCCAAACUCCCUUCCGACUUGGCAAUACGCGAAGCAUACUUGGGAAACGUGGUGUCCGCAGGCAUGGGUCAAGCUCCGGCUCGACAAGCUCUCCUCGGGGCGGGACUUCCGUAUAGUACCAUAGCCACCACGGUCAACAAGGUCUGCGCGUCCGGGAUGAAAUCCGUCAUGCUCGCUGCCCAAGCUUUACAGUGCACACCCACUGCGACUCCCGGAUACGCAGUGCUCGCGGGAGGCUUCGAAAGUAUGUCCAAUAUCCCACAUUAUCUUCCAUCCUCGCGAACGGGUACAACUCUGGGACAUGCCACCCUUCUGGACGGGUGCAUUCAUGACGGUCUCUGGGAUGUCUACAACGAUCAGCAUAUGGGCAUGUGUGGAGAAAAAUGCUCACAAGAUUAUAGUUUUAGCCGAGAGGACCAAGACGCGUACGCCAUGGAAUCUUACCGCCGUGCCCAAGAAGCGCUUAUAUCCGGUGUCUUCGACGAGGUCGUUCCGGUCUCGGUCCCCCAGCGUCGGGGCGAUCCUCUCGUUGUCGAUCAAGACGAGGAGCCCUUGGCGGUCAACCUGGACAAAAUAUCUACCCUCAAGCCAGCCUUUGAUCGUAAGAAUGGGACCGUCACGGCUGCCAACGCGAGUUCGCUGAAUGACGGCGCAGCCGCAUUGGUGCUCAUGACGGAGGUGGAUGCCGAGGCCCAGGGGAUUCAACCGUUAGCUCGAAUUCGGGGAUACGGUGAUGCCGAGCAAGAUCCUAUUGAUUUCACAACGACUCCGUCCCUGGCGGUACCGGUAGCCCUGGAACAUGCAGGGAUUCAGGCCUCCGACGUGGAGUACCACGAGAUCAAUGAGGCCUUUGCGGUGGUUGCAUUGGCGAACAUGCAUAUUCUCGGUUUGGACCAUGCCAAGUUGAACGUGUUUGGUGGUGCUGUCGCGCUGGGCCAUCCAAUUGGGAUGAGUGGGGCUCGUAUCAUUGGAACACUCUAUAGCGCAUUGAAAAGUAAAGAUGCGACAAUCGGAUGCGCUUCCAUUUGUAACGGGGGAGGUGGAGCGUCAGCGAUUGUUAUUGAACGACUGGCUUAA